CAUAUUUCAUUUUUUCGAUAACGUAUAUAAAUUUGAUUAUCAGUUAUAUAAACGUAUCGGUAUAAAAUUUGACAAGUCAUCACGAGGGAUCAGUUUGCAGCGGUUAAACAAUAUUUACCGGGGUUGCGAGUUAGAUGGGUAACUGUUUGGAAAUUUUCGAAAAAUAUCCUAAGAAUAGAAAUCUUUUUGCAAAAAUUAUUUUUUAAGAUAUUACAAAAAUAUUAUUUUACUUACGUAGAUUUACCACGUAAAAAAAAACGUGGAUUCCACGUACUUGUUUUUAUCGGGUUACUUCAACAUUGAAUCGACGUCGAAACGAUAGUUGAAUAGUCAUUGAUAUUUGUUACGCUUUCGAUAUCGAAUCGACCAGAAUUUUGACAUUCGGUUUUCGACGUUGAUUCAACAUCGUAUCAACUAGACGUUUCUGAUUGGAAUUGCUUCCCGUUUACGUGCAAUUGAGAGAUUUCUCAUUUUAUGCUCGACUGCUUGGGCAUUGAAUCGAAAACAGCGCAAACAGGAACAUAUAAUUUUCUGUACUUGAUUCCUGUCGUCAAGUAACCAAAAUUUCUACUGAACGAGAAGUGUAGUUAAUAUACCAAAAUGAUGAUGCCUUUUGUGCGUUUCGUGAACAAUACUAUAGAUCAAACGAUGUUGGCUUGAAAGCAAAAUUUAAUGUUUUUGAGCGAAGGACAUAUUUAAAGCUUGAAGUCGUCCUCUGAUCACAUUGUUUUUGUCUAAAAAUAAGUUAAAACUAGCAAUUUUAUUUGUGUGACUCAAGUUUUUAUUUUUUAUUUUUGCAAUUUUGUUGGCAAAUCGGCUAACCUGUAGACAUUUUAAUAUUCGAAUUUUGGCCUCGUCUAAUUUUUUUUCGUAUGUAAUGGACCGGAAUAUUCGUUAAUAAUCCGAAAAUGAAGGCAAUACGCAACAAUUCUACGCAACUUGUAAUAGGAGGAAUAUUUAUGCAUUAAUCCAAAAUCGAUUAACUUUUGUUAUUAAACAAACAUUCCUUUUCAGUUCCAGUAUUUCAAUCAUUUUGUGUCUUUCUUUUGUGGUAAAAAAGGUGUCUAGCGGAACAAUAUUUUCAGGUGUUCACAUUAUUAAAACUAUUACCUUAUCUUCAAGCAAUGCAAUCAGCGACUUCAUAAUUCCGAUAACGGACAUGUUCAAAUACGUUGAAAGCUGCAAACGGACUUCACGACACAGAGCGAGUGAAAAACGUGUGAUUCGAGAAAACAGUGAGCGUCGCAAAACAAAUUCCUAUCGCGCGCUGAUCGCUGACCGCACAGCAAACUGAGUUGGUUAGUUCAGUCAAUUGUGUCAUCAACCUAGUCGGUAACAUGAUAUAAAUACAAGGGUAUGCUCUUCUGAUGGACGAGUUUAGAACAUUCUUGCGCAGCAGCCUGCUUACGUCACAUUUGUACAGCCUCGGCUACGUUCAGAUCACUUCGGCGCGAUAAAAUAUGGCUGCAGCAGGCAUGUAAUGACAUAUGGGUUGUUGCUUUUUACAUUUUGUGUGCUGUGCGCUGUGACAAUGAGUGCUUGUGCAGUGAAAGGUUGUAACAAUUCUUACCGAAAAAGAAUAAUAAUAGAAGGAAAGCCAGUGAAAUAUUUUAGGUUUCCCAAAGAUAACGCAAUUGCUGUAAAAUGGCGUGAAGUGUGCAAAAAUGGUGUAAAUAUGACUUAUGGAAGGAUAUGUUCUAAACACUUCGACGCAUCGUGCUACGACAAGCCUGCACAGCAUGUAGCUUUGAAUUAUUCUCCUUUAAGAGGACGAAAGUUAAGAUUGGAUGCAAUCCCCACAUUGCAUUUAUUUUCAGAAUUGCAUGUGGUUAAAGGACUAGAUGCAUGUGCCGAAGAUGCACCUAAAACAAUAUUGGAUUGUAUUAUCGAAGCAACACCAUCAACAACUCUCAAAAUAAUAUCAGAGAGUAUUGCUGAAACAGAACCAUCAACUGCUAAAUCUCAACCCGCAAUAUUGGAUAGUAUUGCAGGAGAUGCAAUAACAACAGCUACUACUGCAGAUUAUUUUACGCUAGUAAAAAAUCUACAAGUGGAGUUAGCGAAAACAAAAGAGGCGCUUAUGCAGUCCGAGAAGAAGAAAGAAAAACAGAUAAAAGAAAAAGUUCAAGAAAAUAUGUACAGAUUACUGAAGCACGUAUUUACGCCAGGACAGAUUCAAAUGCUGUUAAAUCCACAAAAGAAACGUGUCGUCUGGUCUUCCGAAGAUAUUGCAAGUGCGAUAUCAUUAAGGAGCGUUAACCCAAAGGCUUAUCGGUAUUUGCGUAAUGUUGUAAAAAUACCGCUCCCUGGUCUGACAACAAUCCGAAGAUGCACCGCAUUUGUUGAAACUACUACGAAAUCGAUCAAGGAUUCAACAUAGAUGAUCGUCUAAUAGAUAAGAAAUGUAUCGAAAAAGUUUUAGCGAUAAAUGUCAAAGAUUUAAAAGUCGCAUUUGCGAUAUCGCAGUAUCACUUAGAUGUAAAAGGAUCCGAGCGACAAAAAGUCCUUCCUGCUGCUCAAUUAUUGUCAAACAAGACAGCUUGUGCGAUUGAAUGGUGUGGGCAGAAACAUUAUUUAGAAAAUACAAAUUGGGAAGAAACAUCAAAUUUUAUAAAAUUAUGCAACAAUUGGUUUGAUGUUUUUAAUUCUUCGAAUAUGUAUGGUAAACACGAAAGCAAAAAUGCGUAUAGCAUUGAUUUGCAAAAACAAAAUGCGAUUUUGUACCAAAUGAUGGAUUUCAUGCAAAAAAUAAAAAUUGGAAAGCAUAAAAAGUUACUAUUAUUCCAAAAAGGCAUUAUUGUUAGUAAUAAUUCAUUAGAACAAUUGUUAUUAUAUUCAAAAGAAAGGUAUUCUAAUGAAAAUUUUGUUAUGAAAUACGUUAUCACAAGGCAUCUAAAUCAAGACUUACUGGAAAACUUUUUUUCCUUUAUUCGAGCUACUGGAUGUGCAUACGAUCACCCCACGGCAUUAGAUUUUAAAUAUAGGCUCAAGAGAUAUAUUUUAGGAAAACACUCGACUAAUCUUUUUUGUAGAACUUCUAAUGUAACGACAAGUGAAUCAAAUGUGUCUUGCUUCAUGUCUCCGUUGGGUACCGAAAAUUCUUUGGUACUACGUACUGAAAGUUCUUCGGUACUUAAUGGAGACACGAAACAAGAUACAUUUGAAGAGCAAGUCUUAAGCAAUAUAUUGGCUUCAUAUAUUGCUCAAGAAGAGCCAUCACAUUUUGUUGAAGACCAGUUUGCACAUUAUGUCGAUGGUGAAAAUGAUAAUCCUUCUCUAUGCGAUUUAAGUUCGUUCAACAUGUCUGUUGAACAAGAGGAACUUUUAAAAUCGUUAGAUGAGUUGGAUGUCAUUGACAUCAUAGAAGAUGAAGAUUUAAAAUACGUCUGGCUACGUAGCCUAUAAAUUUAAACAUAAAUAUCCUUACUUAGGUACAAAAACAUGCUUCUUGCAAGUUAAUGUAGCCAGUCUAAAUCAUUUAGACCAUGGCUACAGUUUAUUUCACGUGGCAAUUGUAUAUAUCUCUCUAAAGAACUAUUAGAAACUGCGCGCGUUAUGAAUAUAAAGUUCAGUAAAUUCCACGGUUCGUCACUUUGUAUAAUAAAAAUAAAUUUAUUUUUAAUACAUUGGCUGGAAAAAUAAUAGGUUUAAUACAUCUUAUUGAAAUACCUAAAGAGGUAAUAUUGUGUUUGAUAAGAACGCGAACGUACAUUCGUGUACGUGAAAUAAAUUGUACGAUUUCUAUACAAAAUAGAAAUAGACAUAAGAAAAAAAAAUUGUCAAAAUUUGUCAAUAAUAAAAUUACAUAGAGAGAUA